GCAUGUUAGCUAGUUAGUUAGUUGAGUCUCAAAGCAAAGCCAAUGAGAAUCAAUAAGAGAAUUGAUAAGGAAUCCAGCUGACAAAUGAUAUCAAUAAUGUAAUCAGAAACACUAAAUUCUAAUCAAUUCCCAUCCCUAUUAAUGUAUCAUGAUGUCUCUAAAAGUGAUCAAAAUUUUCUAAAGAAGGGUAGAUCUAACAAACAAGUAAGGCCGCACAACACAGCCUUGUGCCGUACCGUAAAAAUUAAAAUUAGAAAUGAGUUUUUUCAAAGUUUUUUCAGCACCCAACACAAACAACAAGAGUGUAGAAAUGAAAAGUAUUGUAUGACACAGUCAAGAAUAUAAACAAAUGCAGACCUUCUUGCAAUGGAAUGACAUGCGUGGCUACACUCAUCAACACGAUCAUCUUGUUAAAAAAAUUCAGGGUACUACAUAAUAAUUUUAGCAUGCCUGUUUUUAAAGUAAUGAAUAUGCAUCAAUAGUUUAAUCAUGCUUGCAGUGUUAUGCAGCAAUUAAUAUCUUAAUUACUCAAAAGCCAGUGCUUUGCAGGCAUUUCACAUCAAUAGCUUCCACAAUAAACUGUUGUGGAAGUCACUUUCUUGAGGAAACACAACAUAUAUUAUUCUCACCAACCACAAAUGUAUACUGUAGUACUAAACACAAAACUCUUGAUAUCGAACUCUUGGUCAUCUACAGGUUAUAUGUGGAAGUCUCUGUAGAAGAAAUAUGAUUUUUUACUGACAACAGACAAAAUAGAUUACUGACAUUUGAAAAUAUAUAAUGAGUAGAGCAAUUAUUUUCCUUGUUGUUUCAAGCUUACCAAUCUGAAAUCACUGUGCCCUUUGGGAAAUAAGAGAAUGUCUGACUACAUCUGAUACUGUCGUUAUAAGAACUGUGCUCUCAUGCAUAUAUGAUAAUAGAGUGCAAACAUGAAAAGAGGUAUCCUCUUAUUCCUCUGUGUUCUUAGCAUUAACACAGUAUCUGGCUGUGAACUGUUUGGCAGGUUUGAUAUGCCAAGUUUGUUUAAGGAAGGUGACAUAAUGAUCGGAGGAAUCUUCCCAAUUUUAAACAAAGAAAUACUCAGCACUUCAACAUUUGAUAAGGAGCCGCCUAAAGUGCAGUGUGAAGGGUUUGACCUGAGAGUUUUUCGAUGGACCCAGGCAAUGAUAUUUGCCAUUGAAGAAAUCAACAAUGAUCCUGCUCUGCUUCCAAACAUAUCUCUUGGCUAUAGGAUACUUAACUCUUGUGCAUCUCCAACAAAUGCUUUACGUGCUGCACUAACACUGGCUAGUGGAGCAGAGGAGGUAGAUGUAUCUUCUCAUUGCCCUCCAGCUAUAUCUGCUCUCAUAGCAGAAUCUGGGUCAUCUCAGUCAAUAGGUGUGGCUGGAAUUCUUGGACCAUUUCAUAUGCCAAUAAUCAGCUACUUCUCAACAUGUGCUUGUCUGAGUGACAGAACUAAAUAUCCUACAUUUUUUAGAACAAUCCCCAGCGACUAUUUCCAGGCAAAAGCGUUGGCUGCACUGGUCAAACAUUUUGGAUGGCAGUGGAUUGGAGCCAUGCAGUCAGAUAAUGAUUAUGGACGUAAUGGAAUUCUUGCUUUUAAGGAGGAGGUUGAAAAGUUUGGGAUUUGCAUUGCUUUUGUGGGUACAAUUCUACGUACAUACACUAAAGACAGAUUUUUGAAAGUUAUGGAAAUAAUAAAACAGUCAACUGUCAAAGUAAUUUUGGCUUUUGUACCUGAAGGUGACUUUUAUCCUUUGAUGAAAGAAAUUGUGAACCAGAACAUUACAGGAAUUCAGUGGAUCGCAAGUGAGGCCUGGAUAACAGCAUCUCGACCAUCCACACCUGAAAUAUACACAGGUUUUGGUGGCGCCCUCGGAUUUGUUGUGCAGAAAAUGGCUAUUCCAAAUUUCAAACACUUUCUUACAAGUAUUAGUCCUUAUACAGAUCCACAUGUACCUUUUGUCAGGGAUUUCUGGCAGAUUAUGGUGGGUUGUAUGCCCGUUUUAACAGGAGCACGCACAAGUACUGAUGACACAACCAAAAGAUGUACAGGCAAUGAAACAUUAAUGAAUUCCGAUGAUGUUUUUUUCAACGUCACAGAGCUCAGAGUGACCUAUAAUGUGUAUAAAGCAGUUUAUGCUAUUGCACAUGCUCUGCAUCAGCUGGUAUUCUGCCAACCAGUUGGAGCAAAAACAGUAAAUCCAUGUUUGAAUCUUUCAGAAAUUCAGCCCAAGGAGCUCAUUAAAAGCUUACAAAGGGUGAAUUUCACAAAUCAGUUUGGGGAUGAGGUGUUUUUUGAUGAGAAUGGCGAUCCUCCUGCUUCUUAUGAUAUCAUUAACUGGCAGUUGAUAAAUGGAAAAGUGCAACAUGUGACACUUGGUCAUUUUGCAUCUGCUGCAAAUGGCAAUUACAAACUCAAUGUCCAGGAGGAGAAGAUCGUGUGGAGGACAGGAAAAACAGUUCCCACAUCACUGUGUUCUAAUGUUUGCCCAUCUGGAACCAGAAAAGCUCAAAUUAAUGGAAAACCAAUUUGUUGUUUUCACUGUGUACCCUGUGCUGAUGGAACUAUUGCCAACUCAACAGGUGCAGCAGACUGCACACCUUGUCCAAAGGAAUACUGGUCCAAUGACAGGAAAGAUGAGUGCAUUCCUAGAACAAUUGAGUUUCUGAAAUAUCAUGAGCCCAUGGGAAUAGCUCUAACACUUGUAUCCCUGUUAGGGGCCUCUCUCUCCCUGGCCACAAUGGUGGUUUUUAUCAACUACAGAGAAACUCCCAUGAUAAAAGCCAGCAACUUUGAGCUGAGCUCUUUCUUAUUGUUUUCUCUUUUUCUGUGUUUUCUCUGUCCUCUCACUUUCAUUGGUAUGCCAACAGUCUGGAUAUGUAUGCUGCGCCACACCGCUUUUGGUGUGACAUUUGCCCUUUGCAUUUCCUGUGUCUUGGGAAAAACCAUUGUUGUUGUCACAGCCUUCAAAGCCACGUUUCCUGGCAAUAAAAUUACUGGACAGUUUGGUUAUGCACAACAAAGAAUCAUUGUUUGCUCCUGCACUUUGAUUCAAAUAAUAACAUGUGUGUUGUGGCUGACUUUAAACCCACCUUACCCACAUACGUUGUUCACAUACAGCAAUAGGACAAUUGUUCUGGAAUGUAACACAGGAUCUGAGUUUGCUUUUUAUGCAGUGUUGGGAUACAUAGGGAUCCUUGCAAUCAUCUGUUUGAUCCUGGCAUUUAUGGCAAGAAAACUUCCUGAUAAUUUUAAUGAAGCCAAAUUGAUCACAUUCAGCAUGCUGAUAUUCUGUGCUGUGUGGAUUACCUUCAUCCCAGCGUACGUCAGUUCUCCUGGAAAGUUCACUGUAGCUGUAGAAAUAUUUGCAAUUUUGUCUUCAGCAUUUGGCUUAUUAAUUUGUAUUUUUGCACCCAAGUGCUACAUAAUAUUUCUUAAGCCAGAAAAAAAUACCAAGAAAUGGGUUAUGGGAAAAAUUAUAAAGUAAAGAAACAUGAUAUUGUUCUAUGUUAAACCUUUAUAACCCAAGUAUCAUACAGGCCGCCUGGAGUUGUCUUCUAAUUUUGGGUGUAAAAUUACAAAAUAAUUCAGAGCACGGUGGCAUGGUGGUUAGCACUGUUGCCUCACAGCAAGAAGGUCCUGAGUUCAGUUCCACCAUCAGGACAGGGUGUUUCUGUGUGGAGUUGCAUGUUCUCCCCGUGGGUUCUCCCCUUGUACACCGGCUUCCUCCCACAGUCCAAAGACAUUCACUUUGUGGGAAUAGGUUAAUUGAAAAAUCUAAAUAGCCCAUAGGUGUGAAUGUGGGAGUAAAAGUGAGUGCGAGUGGUUGUUUAUCUCUGUUUGUUGGCCCAUGCAACAUACUGGCCACCUGUCCAGGGUGUACCUUGCCUCUUGCCCUAUGACAGCUGGGAUAGGCUCCAGCACCCCCUGUGACCCUGAAAAGGAUAAGUGGAAGUGAGUAGAUGGAUGAAUGGAUAGCAAAAGUGGUUAACAAGUCAUUGUAAUGUGAAGCACACAUGGUAAAAUCUAGGCAGAGCUAAUUUUGCUGUCUGUGUUCGGACAACAAUACCUUGUGUAUGCUUUGUGCUAACACGAAACACCACGUAUUUUUUAUUAAAAAGCUUGGUUUUUUUUAAUGAAAUCAUUUCAAUUUUGUCUCUAGCACAAACAGUAGCAAAGUUACUUCAUUUAAAAGCACCUCUAAAAAAAUGGAACCACAGCUGGGUCAGUGGUGAAAAAGGGGUCAAUGAUGUUGCCAUUUAUGUUUUGAUUUACAUAAUCUAUAUUUCACUAGUACAGUUAUAAGUAUUUCAAUGUCCUGUAACUUAGUAACACUAUCAAUGUAGCAAUAUAUGUAACAUAUAUGUUGUAUAUACAGCCUUUCGUUAAAUAUAUACACUGGGGAUAUUUUAGACACAUCUAGAUCAUGGCCAGUUUUAAGGAGAAGAAAGAUUGAUUGAGAGCUCAGACAUUGCAAUGCAUUCUUCAUAGUCCCCACCAUAACGCACAAAUUUCCCCGCCAUGGGAUCCAUAAAGUCUUAUCUUAUCUUAUUGUGCUGUUUUUCGUGUAAUAUAGACAUGCACCCCCUCCACAAACACACUUAUGGAUGUAUAUAGAUAGAUAGAUAGAUAGAUAGAUAGAUAGGUAGUUCGUGAUGGAGAGAAAUAGGCUUUUGUGUACAACAUUAAAAAUGUAAUGCAAUUUAACUUUGAAAAAUCAGAUGGAAAAAGAAUAAAUCAUAAUUUAAAGCAAGAUUAAUCCACUUAUACCAUCAAUAAUUGUAUAUCCCCUGUCUGUGACCCUGAAAAGUGAAAAACUGUGGUAAUUUAAACACCAUGGAGCUAAAGCGUUUUUUUGUUGUUGUUGUUGUUUUUAGGGGUUGUUUUUCCCUGAAAUUAAAUGAAAUUACAUUUACUUUUGUAUAAGUAAAUAUUCAUUAAAGCCCUGCUGCAGCUAUUGUGCGACUUCAAGUUGGUGGUUGAAUAAAAUUUCCCU